CGUGACUUGAACCAGCUCCUCCAGCCCCCCAGUGAGCCCCUGGCCUCUGAGCCGUCAGAGGAGCAUGAGCGGCAGGCCCGAGAGCUCUUCCUGCUGCGCCGCACCUUGGAGGAGAUGGAGCUUCGCAUUGAGACCCAGAAACAGACGCUGCUGGCCCGUGAUGACUCCAUCAAGAAGCUGCUGGAGAUGCUGCACACCAAGAGCCCCUCAGCCAAGGCCAGUGAGGAGGAUCACGAGCGCACCCAGAGACUGGCUGAGGCAGAGAUGCACAUGCACCACCUGGAGAACCUUCUGGAGCAGAGGGACAAGGAGAUGGCUGCACUCAGGGAGGAGCUGCUCCGUCGCUAUGAAGGAACCCCAGACUCAACCAAGACCAAGGCCCUGCAAACAGUCAUUGAGAUGAAGGACUCUCAGAUCUGCUCUUUAGAGCGCGGCCUGCGGGAGCUGGAGGACCAGGUCAUGAUGCUGCGCUCCAGCAGUGCUCUCACCUGUGAGGAGCGCCAGGAGGAGGUCAAGCAGAUGGAGGUCUAUCGCAACCACACCAAAUUCAUGAAGAGCAAGAUGGAUCAAGUGAAGCAGGACCUCUCCAGGAAAGACACUCAACUCCUGGGAUUGCAAACCAAACUAGAAACAUUGACAAACCAGUUCUCAGAUAGCAAACAACACAUUGAGGUGCUCAAAGAGUCACUAACAGCUAAAGAACAGCGUGCAGCCAUCUUGCAAACAGAGGUGGAUGCUCUGCGGCUGCGUCUGGAGGAGAAGGAGAGCAUGCUGAACAAGAAGAGCAAGCAGAUCCAAGAGAUGUCGGAGGAGAAGAGUACCCUCAGUGGGGAGAUCCACGACCUCAAAGACAUGCUAGAUGUUAAAGAACGCAAGGUCAAUGUGUUGCAGAAGAAGAUUGAGAACCUCCUGGAGCAGCUCAAAGACAAGGAGAAGCAGAUAGGCAGCCUUAGGGAAAGACUGAAGUCUCUCCAGACCGAUACCUCCAACACAGAUACUGUGCUCAGUACUCUGGAGGACUCCCUAGCUGAGAAGGACCGCAUUAUUGAGCGUCUGAAGGAGCACAGGGACCGCGAGGAGCGGGAGAAGUCCGAUCAGAUGGACACGAGCAAGAAGGAACUGAAAGAGCUCAAAGAGAAGGUGUCUCUCCUACAGGGAGACCUGUCAGAGCGAGAGACCUCCUUGCUGGAUCUGAAAGAGCAUGCCUCCUCCUUAGCCUCCGCCGCUCUGAAGAAGGACUCCAAACUGAAGAGCCUUGAGAUCGCCCUGGAGCAGCGCAGAGAGGAGUGCAGCAAGCUGGAGAGCCAUCUAAAGAGGGCAAAGAAUGCAGCAGCCGAUGCACAGGCCAACUCAGAGCUGUCUGAGAAGAUCGACUCUCUGGAGUCAGAUGUGACCAGACACAGAGAGGAUUCGGGGAAGGCCCAGGCAGAGGUUGACCGUUUGCUGGAGAUCCUGCGUCAGAUGGAAAAUGAGAAGAAUGACAAAGACAGAAUAAUCAAUGAGCUGGAGAGUGUGACAUCGAGGCAAAUAAAGGAGCACAGCAAGAAGGCCAGCUCCCAGAAGCACGCCGCUGAGAAAGGCAGGAACAGCAGUGACGGCCCCCAGCAGGAUUCUCUGCGGCUGAAGGCCGAGCGCAUAGAGGAGCUGGAGGAGGCCCUGAGGGAGAGUGUCCAGAUCACGGCUGAGAGGGAGAUGGUGCUGGCUCAGGAGGAGUCUGCACGGGCACACCAGGAGAAACAGAUGGAAGAACUGCUUGCAGCAAUGGAGAAGGUGAAACUGGAACUGGAGUCCAUGAAAGCUAAGAUGUCAUCUACCCAGCAGUCUCUGGCAGAGAAGGAGGCUCACUUGACCACCCUGAGGGCUGAGCGCAGGAGGCACCUGGAGGAGGUACUGGAGAUGAAACAGGAGGCCCUGUUGGCAGCCAUUAGUGAGAAAGAUGCCAAUAUUGCUCUACUGGAGCUGUCCUCCUCAAAAAAGAAGAAGACACAGGAAGAAGUUGCCCAACUGCGCCGAGAGAAGGACCGUCUGGUCCAGCAGCUCAAAAUGCAGACUCAAAACCGCAUGAAGUUAAUGGCAGACAGCUAUGAAGAUGGACACCUGAAAACACAAGCCAACCAGACCAAUCACAAACCAUCUCCUGAUCAGGAUGAUGAGGAAGGCAUUUGGGCAUAACAUCAAUUUUUGGAAGGGUUUGGAGUGAGAAUGGCCAUAAGACCGUACCAUCCUCUGCCUUCCAGACAAGAGAGUCAUCUUCUGUUGCACCUCGCCCUGCUCUGCUCUCAUCUUCACUUCACACCCAACCAGGAGUGUCAAACUGUAUUUAUUUGCACAAAAUUGAGGAGGAGAGUAGAAAGAUCAGUGUCAAAAACCAGUGUUGGUCCACUGUAUUCAUAUAGACCAGUAAAGGAGAACACACUCCUGACUGGGGUGCAGAGCCUCAGGCUUUAGCUGUUGUACCCUCUUUGGGAAAUAGUUAGGUGAACCAUUCAGAUUAAUAUUUGAAGUUCUGAAAUGUAUCAGGGAGGACCUUUCAUUACCCUGGAGUAAAAUGUGCUGUGUAGUCAAAUCAGUGGUGAGGUUACAGAGUUUGUUUUGACUGGGGCGGAUCCACUCAGAUCGCUUGGGGCCUUAACCUGAGCCGUAACACUGGCUGGGACUUGUGUCAAGUCAGGCCCCUGUGGCCCAGAAGCCUGAGGCAAGGUGCACUCUCUGUCUGUAGCCAAAGUCAAUGAGAUUUUACAUUAUACAAUAAUCAAAACAACAAAUCACAACCAAUCGGGUGUCACGGUGUUGUUUUGCAUGUCCUAAGAGUUUUUACACAUUCCCCAGACUCUGGAAAAAAGAUAGGUUGUCUCUCACCUCGACUAUAGUAGAUCCCUGCUACUCUCUCUCCUUUCAUGCAACUCAUGUGUAGCUUGUGGGCUUCAUUUUCAUGGACUAAACAUUGGUGCAUUUGUUCAAAUAUAGCAUACUUCUUUGAGUGACUUGUGCAAUGAUUUUCUUUUUUAAAUAGUGGUUUUCCUGUACAGUAUGUGACGUUGUGUGAAUAUGCCAUUGAUCUGACACAGGACGGGAAUGCAGCACUUACUAGGGCUACUUGUUACACAGACCGUGCAACAAAGUAGCUGUUGCAUUUCUCACUGCUACAUAAUUACUGAAAGUAAUAUGAUAUAUUUUGACAACUGUGCCACUUAUUUAGACUUUGAACAUAUAGCCCUGUGUGUGUGUGUGUGUGUGUGUGUGAGGAGGAAGAUGGAUGAAUUUUCCUUCGAGAUCAGGGGCAAAGUAGCCUAGCGCUGCCAUCCCACAAACUCUUUACAUUCAUUGUGGUCUGGACACCCUCCAUAAGGAUUGGUUUUGGGUUAGGGGCAUCGCUUAUCAGUGUAGACUAAUAUUACAUUGAAAGUGAUUAGAUCAGCUUGUAUCACUCAUAUUGAACCCAGCAAAGAGAAAAGCCACGUCCUUCUUUUCAAGACCCAUUUUCUGCUCAGGUGUUAGCAAACGUAUCCAUAGUAUCCAUAACCUCUGAACACACAAAAAACAGACACCAUUGCAGCAUCUGUGUGAAUCCACUACAAGCACAGCCAUAGUUGUAAGGAUAGCUGGUUUCGAAAUGCCAGCUCUUCCUCUUUGUCGUCACCUGAGACCCUCUCCAUGGCUCACAGAUGACUCUAGUAGAAAGUCUACUAGUUCGAUUGAUUCUCAUUUGAGGGUUUCCAGACUAUACUCACAACUGGGAGGCAGCUGAAUUGGUCUGGUAAUGCCAGCCUGAGGGCAAAGAAUUCCAGCAUAGAAUCAGUUAUCAGCCAUGUGUAGAGCUGACUUCAGCCCUGGAUAUCUGCCUCAUGAGAUCACAUUGCUGGAUUGAUGUGCUUUCAUGAAUGGAGUAUAUUAAAGUGUCUCCUCUCUCUCUCUCUGUCUUGAAUCAAUCUGUCUAUCUCCCUUCUCUCUCUCUCUCUCUAAGCCUCCUACCCUCUAGAUCAUUUUUAUCUGUCAUUUUGGCCCCGUGCUGUAUCUUUGUGUGUUGUGAGAGAGUGCAAACUCUUGUAAAACAAUGUAAGAAAUGUGUGUGAGUAUUUUGACUUCUGUAAAUAUGUACAUAAAUGUGUCUGACCUGUG